CACUAACAUGAUUGUAAUUUCCAAGUAAUGUUUCCAAUAGAUAUUUCUUUACACUAGUUAAGAUGACAUUAAAAUGAUAGCACAAUUAUAAAGUUAAUUAAUCAACAAUAAAGCAGAGUCUAAAUCUUAACAUUUUACAUAAUCUGCUGUUUGCAGUAAGCCAUCUUUUGUCUGUUUUGUUCUCACUUCUUUCUGACUCUUGUUUUGCGCGUUAAUUUUAAACAUGUUAAUAAGCCUUUGGAUAGCUAUAACCUGGUUAUUAUAUGGAGAUACUCAAGAUUACUUACCAGAUCAAGAUGGAAGUGGCUCUCUGAAAUCAACCUGUCCUUAUGUUUGUGCUGUUGGUGAUUCAAUUAUGAAAAAUCUAUUUGAUAGUGACUUGCCGAUCAAUUCAAAGGGUGAUUUACAUGCUCGUUGUGGUGUAACGAAAUUCCUGAUCAAUGAUUGUUGGAAUGAGACAAAACAUGGAGUAGAUUGUUUACCGCGCAGAAAGGGUUUGAAGGAAAGAGUUAUCCGAUUCUCUAAUGCCAAUUGUACCGAAGGCAUCUAUGAAAGCACUGAUGAACCCUGUUUCUGGCGAUGGUCUCACCAAGAAAAUCAUUGUUCAGAUGAAUAUGCGACUUUCGUCACUCACUUGGUUGGUACAAAUCGGCUCAACUUGACAGUUUUCACUCAAGAUGCUAUCUGUUGUGAUUUCCUAAAGUUUCAAGAAUGUGCUGUUGGAUCAACUUCUGGAUCAUGUUCUGCUCAAGUUGAAGAUUUUGUCGAGAGAUUUUUCUACAAACUCGCUGGUCAAAAUGCUGUCAAUCGAUGCAAUCGGCGUAAAAAACAACCAUCAUAUGUCAUUAAAUGCUCAGGGAGGAAAAAUUUAUGAAAAAUGGUUCAAUCAAUAAUGUCUAACCUGUUGCAUUCAUCGUCAAUGGUUAUUGACUUUUUAACAAAUCUCUACGGCAUGUAAACGAUAAAUAAAAACAUUUAGAAAUGAA